AUGAAGAAGACUGAAGAGCUCGAAGUUGACGAGGUGGUGGACAAGUGCCUUGAAGUCAAAGGAGGCAAACCUGGGAAGUUGGUCCAGAUCCCUGAGAAUCAGGUGAAAAGUCUUUGCACCUCUGUCCGUACAAUCUUCCUGGAUCAGAGCGCCUUGCUGGAAUUGGAAGCUCCCUUGAAGAUCUGCGGUGACGUCCACGGCCAAUACCAUGACCUGCUCCGCCUUUUUGAGUAUGGCGGCUUUCCACCAGAAAGCAACUACCUCUUCUUGGGUGACUACGUCGACCGUGGAAAGCAAAGCCUGGAGACAAUCAUCCUCCUGUUCGCUUACAAGGUCAAGUUCCCUGAGAACUUCUUCCUGCUUCGCGGAAACCAUGAGUGUGCAUCCAUCACCCGUAUCUAUGGCUUCUACGAUGAAUGCAAGCGGCGGUACAACAUCAAAUUGUGGAAGCAAUUCUGUGAUGUGUUCAACUGCAUGUCCGUGUGUGCCAUCAUUGAUGAGAAGAUUGUGUGCAUGCAUGGCGGCCUUUCCCCCGAGAUCAACAGCUUCGAUCAGGUCAAACGCAUCACUCGCCCCACUGACGUGCCGGACACGGGCCUCAUUUGCGAUCUCUUGUGGGCAGAUCCGGACAAGGACAUUUCGGGCUGGGCAGAGAACGACCGUGGCGUAUCCUUCAUCUUCGGCCCUGACAUCGUUGCAAACUUUUUGCAGAAACAAGAUAUGGACCUGGUGUGCCGGGCCCACCAAGUGGUCGAGGAUGGCUAUGAGUUCUUUGCAAAGCGCCAGCUGAUCACGCUCUUUAGUGCUCCAAACUAUUGUGGUGAAUUCGACAACGCAGGUGCCAUGAUGUCUAUCGAUGACACCUUGAUGUGCAGCUUCAAGGCUCGGAUUCCCAAUGCUGAGAGCGAUCAGAUUCGCAGCACCAACACUGCAGUAUACACAGAAGACUUGGCCAAUGAUGAGAUCAUCGAGAAGUGCUUGGAAGCCAAAGGAGGAAAGCCGGGAAAGUUGGUGCAGAUUCCCGAGGGCCAGGUGAAGAGCCUUUGCACUGCCGCGCGGACGAUCUUCCUGGACCAGUGCCCCCUCUUGGAGCUGGAGGCGCCCCUGAAGAUUUGCGGCGAUGUGCACGGGCAGUACCACGACUUGUUGCGCCUUUUUGAGUAUGGCGGCUUUCCUCCUGAGAGCAACUACCUCUUCCUAGGGGACUAUGUGGACCGUGGCAAGCAGAGCCUGGAGACGAUCACGCUGCUUUUUGCCUACAAGGUGAAGUUUCCCGAGAAUUUCUUCUUGCUACGCGGAAAUCAUGAAUGUGCCUCUAUUACGAGGAUCUACGGCUUCUAUGAUGAGUGCAAACGUCGCUACAACAUCAAAUUAUGGAAACAAUUUUGCGAUGUUUUCAAUUGCAUGCCAGUGUGUGCCAUCAUUGAUGAGAAGAUCGUUUGUAUGCAUGGAGGUCUCUCCCCGGAGAUCACUACAUUCGAGCAGGUCAAGCGCAUCGUGCGCCCAACAGACGUCCCAGACACCGGAUUGAUUUGCGAUUUCCUCUGGGCUGAUCCGGAUAAGGAGAUCACUGGUUGGGCCGAGAACGAUCGUGGAGUGUCCUUCAUCUUUGGCCCCGAUGUUGUGAGCACUUUCCUGCAGAAGCAUGACAUGGACCUGGUGUGCCGGGCACACCAAGUGGUGGAAGACGGCUACGAGUUCUUCGCGAAGCGUCAGCUGAUCACCCUCUUCAGUGCUCCCAACUACUGUGGCGAGUUUGACAAUGCCGGCGCCAUGAUGUCUAUCGAUGACACCUUGAUGUGCAGCUUCAAAGUGCUGAAGCCGGUGAAGAAGAAGCCAGAUUGGUGUGAACGUCCAGUUGCUUGGGCAUCAGGUUUGGCCCUUUUGGGCGCCCUGUCAGUGUCAAUGGCCCGAGACGGGCGUAGGAUUCCUUUCAAGCCUUCAGAGUGUUUGGUCAAGUCGAACAGCCGUGCAGCUGGCAAAGAGCCAGACAUCGAAGACCUCUGCUGGAUGCCCUGCUGUGCUUGCGAAGAUUUGGCCCUCAUCUUGCUUCAUCGAAUUGUACAAGGCAGAUUUGCUGGAAAGGAUGCAAAUUGCUGUGCCUUUGUCAGCCAGCCGAAACAGCCGCUCGUGAAAGCACGCAGCGGACGGCUGGGGAGUGAGCGGAUCGCAGCUGCAGCAGUUGUUCUGUUGCGGGAAGUUGGCGCUUUGCUGCAGGCCAUCCACAGUAUCAUCACCUCAACCCUGUGCGUUUCACAGAUUCUGACACAGACCAAUCUGACGGAUGAUGUCCUCGAGCCACUGGAGAUUUGGCCGUGGGACUCAGACACCUGGCAGCUAUUUAUGGAUGGCAUCGAAAACGUGCUUCCGCUGUGGCCACUUACUCCUGCCCUGCUGGCGACCUUGGUGGCUGGCCUGCUGGCAAGAAGAGGUGUUGCGCAAAGACAAGGUCUGGACAUCAUCCAGAUACCACUUCCGCUACUUGGGGGGAAGAGACGUGGAUCGACCGUCAGGUGA